GACUGCAGCAGCACGGUAGGAGCGUAAGAGCGGACUGACAGUUUGACAUGAUGGAGUUUGACGGAGAAGAUCAAGGCAGCGACCGGCUCGAGAAAACCUCCUCCGAGAACGGCAUUAACACCGAAACACACGCGCUGGACACCCAAGAAGACCAUAAAACAUGUCAGGAUAACGAAACACCGCAGAAGUCAUGGAGUUUGGACAGAAACUGGGGGUUUACUUUAGAGGAGCUCUUCAGACUUGCGCUGAAAUUCUUUAAAGAGAUGAAUGGAAAGGCUUUCAACCCAACAUAUGAAGAAAACCUUCGUUUGGUUGCACUACAUAAGCAAAUCACUCUCGGCCCUUAUAAUCCAAACAGCUGUCCAGACAUUGGCUUCUUUGACGUACUGGGAAAUGACAGAAGGAAAGAAUGGCUUUCCCUGGGCAGCAUGGCCAAAGAAGACGCCAUGGAGGACUUUGUGAAGCUUCUGAACUCUUGUUGUAGUUUGUUUGCACCAUAUGUGACGUCACAUAAAAUUGAGAAGGAGGACCAAGAGAGGAGACAAAAAGAAGAGGAAGAACGUCUCAGGCUGGAGAGAGAAGAGCAGGAGAGACGACGGCUGGAAGAAGAAGAACGGCGCAGAGAAGAAGAGGAGAGAAGGGCAAUAGAGGAGGAACAGAGAAGGAAAGAAGAGGCACAGAGGUUACAGAUAGAACGGCAAAAACAGCAGAUCAUGGCUGUUCUGAAUGCACAAACGGCAGUGCAGUUUCAACAGUAUGCCAAACAACAGUAUCCAGACAAUCCAGAGCAGCAGCAGUUACUGAUCAGACAACUGCAGGAACAACACUUCCAACAGUACGUCCAGCAGGCUCUCCGCUUACAGCAGAUGGCCUCACAGAAACAGCAGGAAGAAUCAACUGUGAUUCAGACAUCAGAAGCUCUUCCUGCUCCUAUUUCUAACGAAGCAGUGUCCAUCUGCAACCCCAACAGCCAAUCAAAUUCAUUAGACAAUCACAAACAACAGAAAGACCAAAAAAACUCCCAUUUGGUUGUAGAAGGGGAAACAGGAGUAGUACCUAUCGUGGCUCCCUCAAUGUGGACUCGGCCUCAAAUAAAGGAGUUUAAGGAAAAGGUUCUGCACGAUGAGGACUCUGUCAUCACAGUGGGCCGAGGGGAAGUGCUGACCAUCCGAGUUCCCACUCAUCCUGAUGGCUCAUACCUGUUUUGGGAAUUUGCCACCGAUCACUAUGAUAUCGGUUUUGGGCUGCACUUCGAGUGGAAGGACUUGACCGCACCGACAAGCAGCAAUAAUGGAGGAGAAUCUACUACUGAAACCAAAGAAGGCACAGCACAAGCCGAAGAAGAGAAAACUGAACAAGGCAGAAUUCCUCUGGUUAAUGAAGUGGCUCCUGUUUCUCGUCGGGACAGCCAUGAGGAAGUUUACGCAGGCAGUCAUCAGUAUCCCGGUGAAGGAGUUCAUCUUCUCAAAUUUGACAAUUCCUACUCCCUCUGGAGGCCAAAGGUUGUGUAUUAUAGAGUUUAUUACACCAGAUAAACAUCAGCUGGUCAUGUGCCUCAUA